AUGCGACCUGUUCUCAGGGCCUCUCGGGCUGUAUCCGGUCCUUGCGUCCCUUGUCGGCCCCGGAUCCCACCUCGUCACACUAUAGUAGCCCGAGGUGCUAGAUUAAACAGCUCCAAUGCGCGCGAGAAGACGAAAGAGCAGAGCAAUUCUUCCUCUAAUGCUCCCCCGUCACCCUUCUGGACCCCUUCUAAGGCUCUCCUCGUCUCCGCAUUUACUGCGGGGUUAGGCUACGGCUACGCUUCGUACAACCAGACAACACAGGGACCACAAACGCCCCAAUAUGCCUCAACCAAGGAAUUCGCACAGGCCCUCACCGAACUAAAAGUUCUCCUCGGCGAAGACUCCGUCACCACCGAAGAAGACGAACUUCAGAUUCACGGCUACUCAGAAUGGUCCAGUCUGAACGCCGAACGACUCCCGCAAGCAAUCGCCUACCCAAAGUCAACAGAAGAAGUCUCUGAAAUCGCCAAGAUCUGCAACAAGUACCGUAUGCCCAUGAUUCCCUACUCAGGCGGCUCAAGUCUCGAAGCGAACUUCUCCGCGCCGCACGGCGGCCUAACAAUUGACUUCGCAUUCAUGAACAAAGUCCUCGAUAUCCACCCUGAUGACAUGGACGUCGUUGUGCAGCCGUCGAUCCAGUGGAUGGAACUUAACGAGCAGAUUAAAGAAACGGGUCUUUUCUUCCCCGUCGACCCCGGUCCGUCUGCUAUGAUUGGUGGUAUGGUUGGCACAAAUUGCAGUGGCACGAACGCUGUUCGUUACGGGACGAUGAAGGACUGGGUUAUUAACUUGACUGUGGUCCUUGCUGAUGGGCGCAUUAUCAAGACGCGUAGACGCCCGCGCAAGACUUCUGCUGGGUAUAACCUUACCGGGCUGUUUGUUGGGUCUGAAGGGACGCUGGGCAUUGUUACUGAAGCCACGUUGAAGCUGGCGCCGUUGCCGGAACAGACUCGUGUUGGGGUUGUUGCUUUCCCGUCUAUUCGGGAUGCCGCUUCCACUGCUAUGCAGUUGAUUCGAAAGGGUGUUCCUGUGCAGUGUAUGGAGAUUAUGGAUGACGUCCAGAUGGAUGUGAUUAAUCGGGCUGGUGGGACCGGUCGCGCUUGGAAAGUUUCGCCUACGCUUUUCUUCAAAUUCUCUGGAACGAAGGCUGGGGUCGCAGAUAGUAUUAAUCUGACGACGAAGCUUGCUCAGGCUAACAAGGCGGAGUCGUUUGAGUUUGCCCGUGAUGAGAAGGAGGCUCACGAUUUGUGGUCUGCGCGAAAGCAAUCGCUGUGGAGUAUGAUGGCGUUACGGAAGGAGGGCUCAGAGGUGUGGUCAACAGAUGUGGCAGUGCCUAUUUCUAGGCUGCCUGAUAUCAUUGAAAUCUCCAAAAAGGAGCUCGUCGACCUGGGCUUAUUCGCCAGUAUCCUUGGUCACAUCGGCGAUGGUAACUUCCACGCGAGCAUCAUGUAUGACCGGAACGAUCCGGCCGAGAGAGCCCGUGUCGAAAAGGUAGUUUAUGACAUGGUCGAUCGCGGAUUGGAUAUGGAGGGUUCUUGUACCGGUGAGCAUGGCGUCGGACUAGGCAAAAAGGGAUCCUUGAAAAAGGAGGUUGGGCCAGAAACAGUCAAUGUCAUGCGCGGUGUUAAGCGUUCAUUGGAUCCCAAGUGGCUGCUGAAUCCCGGCAAGAUCUUUGACCACGAUGAUGAUGGAAAGGGCCCAGGACAUUAA